GUGCGUCGACCUCUACAAAUAAACAGACAGAAAAGAACAGUCUUUUAAAGGGAAUGCCAUUCCUCACCCCCGUCGCUCCCAAAUACACCUACAAGCACGGGUGGUGUCCGUAUUGAACUUGUCUGGGGGCUGGGGGGCGGGAAAGGCGGAGCUGUGGGGAAAGGGAAGAAAGAAUCCACUUCCCUGUCGCCUAGUAACUGUUUCCAAGACAACCGCGCCAUCAACAACCCGAGCUGAGCAACCCCGGGAGGAAUGAGAAGCGCAGCUGCUUGGAGAGAGCGCGGCUGAGAAGAGGUCAAAGGGGAAUUGGGAAUUACGUGAGAGAGAAGGCAAGCUAGUAGGCCAAGAAAAGGGACGUUUUAGUGGAGAAAGACAGAUUUGGUGACAGUGAAGGAAAUCUUGAGUGGCCCUUAAGGAGCCGGAUUUCUUUGGUGGCCAUGGAUCCAAAGUGCUCUGCGGAGAGCAUUUAUAACCUCAUACCCAGUGACUGGAAGGAGCCUCCCCCGCCUCCUAGUUAUUAUUGAUGUCAUUGUUGGAUAGGAUGGAGAGAAAUGGAGAGAGGAGGAGAAGACGGGAAGAGAAAGAGAGACACCGGCAGACCUGCUUCACCGCCUCCCCCGCAGGUGGGGAGCCGUGGCCUCGAACCUGGAUCUUUAUGCCGGUCCUUGCGCUUUGCACCAGCUGCGUUUAACCUACUGCGCUACUGCCCGACUCCCGAGAGGUAUACAUCAGUGUUUAAGACGGCUGUAAAAAAUGACAUGAAAAAAUCUAAAAUGGCAAUGAAAACUAUGGGGCCUGCAAAAGUUGAGAUUCCUUCCCCAAAGGAUUUCCUGAAGAAACAUUCAAAGGAAAAAACUCUACCACCUAAAAAGAAAUUUGAUUGGAAUGAGCCCAGAAAGCCGCCUGUGCCACUGAGGACUGAGCAUCCAGUCAUGGGAAUACAGAAUGAUAAGAAUUUUAUAAAUGCAAAUGCCACCGAUGUCAUUAUGGGGAUGACUAGGAAACACAAGCCCAUUUAUGUGGACAAAAGAACUGGAGAUAAGCAUGACCUUGAAACUUCAGGACUGGUUCCAAAGUACAUCAAUAAAAAGGAUUACGGUGUUAUACCUGACUAUAUCUGUAAGCGAAAUGAGGAAGUGAAGAAAUCCCAGAAGGACUAUGAUAACUAUAUCCAGGAAAACCUUCGCAAAGCAGCAAUGAAGAGGCUCUCUGAUGAUGAGAGAGAGGCAGUUCUGCAGGGACUGAAGAAAAACUGGGAAGAGGUGCACAAGGAAUUCCAGUCCCUGUCAGUCUUCAUCGAUUCCACACCAAAGAAAAUUCGGAAGCAAAAGUUGGAAAGAGAAAUGAAGCAACUGGAACAUGAUAUCGGUAUCAUUGAAAAACACAAAACUAUUUACAUCGCCAAUAAAUAACGAUGUGUGUUUAAGAAAAGACAUCUCAACAUAGAAAAAAAUAUAUAUAUAUGGAAACCAUAAAAAGGAGACUAUAUUUUGCAAAGCAGAAACUACUAUGAAAAGAAGAAAAGGACUCUUUAGCAAAGUACUUAAGCUACAUCUAACAAGUAAUUAUUUCCUUCCCCAAGAAAAGGUGGUUUUUAUUAGUGUCAGGCUUUCCACUUACAAACUAAUUAAAGGUUGAUGUUAAAUGUU